AUGUCAGCAAAGCUCUACAGCUGUUUAAUUGUUGCCUAUACGUUUCUUUACUUCUAUGGAACAAAUUUUGUUACUUCUUACCAGGAAUGUGAAGGGAAACAUGAAUGUAUCAAUAAUUCUGAGUGUGUAAAGAUUGAUGCAUCUGGAGAAUCCCAUAAUCUUUGUAUUUGUAAACCCGGCUUUAUUGGUUGGAAUUGUUCAAUCCCUCUAGAUUAUUGUAAUAAGCAUUGUAAACCCCUUAAGAAAGGUAUUUCAUGCCAACAAACACUUUGCAACCAAGGUCAGUUUUUCCUAUACUCCACACUCAUGUUUAAAGGUCAAUGUAUCAAUCUAGAAAGCGAACCUUUUUAUAGAUGUGACUGCGGAGCCUUCUACAAGGGAGAAAAUUGUGAAAUAGAAGAUAAUCCCUGCAGUUCAGAACUCAAUAAUCCCUGUAGUCACGGUGAUUGCGAAUUCGUAAGGGGUACAAAUCAAGUGAACUGCCACUGCCAUCCAGGGUGGACAACUAAUCCAAAUCAGACAACAGUUAAAUAUACGUGGAAUGGCACAGAUGUGUUCAUAUCACCUCCAUGCAUAGAAGAAGUUAAAAGAGGUAUAACUGGAAGCGCCCCCUCACUUGGAUUGAAUGCAAAGGUACUAUGGUAUAUGGUGUUAGUGUUGUCUACAAUAACAUUUCUCUGGUUACUAUCAUCAACACUCUACGAUUGUUUUGGAAGACGAAAUAGACAAGAAGAGUCAUAA